AUGACCAAGAGUUUGAUCAUGGAGAAAAGGAUCUUGAUUCUCUUCUCGGCAAUUAUCCACUUGUUUGACUCUCGUCACUACGUGCCCACAAGCUCUGUAAAACCCUUCGUCAAAGACGCAAAGUGA